CGAUUUUAACCGAGGUGUUCCCUUCAAUUGAGUUUUAGUGACACAACUUGAGUUGUCAUUCGUAUUUAGUACUCGUUUUAAUAAAAAUUGUAUUAAUUAUUUUAAAUUAUUAACAUAAAUCCACAACAAAGAUGACUGACGUCGAAAAUAUUGCUACCGAUACCGGUCGGAUUGUAAAAAUGGAAGUAGAUUAUAGUUCAACUUGUGAUGGAAAGAUUCCCGAAUGUCAGAAAAUGGCCGCUAAUGGGGAUCUACGCGGGGCUUUAGAUGCACUUUUAGCUUUGGAGAAACAAACUCGUACAGGAGCUGAUGCUACAUCCACAGCUCGUGUACUUGUUGCAAUUGUUCAAAUAUGUAAGGAUGCACAAGAUUGGAAUGCUUUAUGCGAACAUGUUUCAAUAUUGAGUAAGCGUAGAUCUCAAUUAAAGCAAGCCAUUGGGAAAAUGGUGCAAGAAUGCUGUAGCUAUGUACACGAACAUGCAAAAGAUCAAAAAUUAAUGCCUGAUACACCGACAUAUUUGAAAGUAAUUGAAACCUUACGACAGGUAACUGAGGGUAAAAUUUAUGUAGAAGUUGAACGUGCUCGAUUAACUUUAGCAUUAGCGAAAUACAAAGAAAGUAUUCAAGAUAUUACCGGAGCAGCUGAAACAAUUCUUGAAUUACAAGUUGAAACAUAUGGUUCAAUGGAUAAACGAGAGAAAGUUGAAAUGAUUUUAGAACAAAUGCGUUUGUGUCUGAGAAAUGAGGAUUAUAUUCGUACACAAAUUAUAUCGAAGAAAGUUAAUGCGAAAUUCUUCGAUGAUGAAAGUACUAAAGAUUUGAAAUUGAAAUAUUACAAUCUUAUGCUGAAAUUAGAUGAACAUGAAGGUGCACAUUUGGCUGCUUGCAAACAUUACAGGGCAUUAAUGAACGCUCAAGAAUCCGAAACAAUGCGUUUAACAUCAUUAUGUAAUGCUGUAUUGUACUUAAUAUUAGCCCCGCACGACAACGAACAGUCCGAUUUAAUGCAUCGAAUGCUAUUAGAACGUGAAUUAGAUCAAAUACAAAUAUUUAAAGAACUAUUAAAAUUAUUUGUGAAUCCAGAAUUAAUAAAAUGGACAAGUUUUUGUAAAUUAUAUAAACAACCAUUAUGUGAGAAAACAACUGGAACGGAACGUUUAAAUGAUGUAUUCGAUGAGACACGUACUCCAAAGGCAAAACAACAUUGGAAAGAAUUACAAGAUCGUAUUGUUGAGCAUAAUAUACGUGUUAUGGCUAAAUAUUACACGCGAAUAUCAUUAAAACGUAUGGCUGAAUUGUUAGAUUUAACACCGGCUGAAGCUGAAACUUCGUUAUCAUCGUUGGUCGUUUGUGGAUCAGUGCAUGCUAAAACUGAUCGACCAGCUGGUGUUGUUUACUUUACACGUUCAAAAGAUCCAAAUGAUAUAUUAAAUGAUUGGGCAAAUCAUUUAUCCAGUUUAAUGCAACUUGUAAAUAAAACAACGCAUUUGAUCAACAAAGAGGAAUGUGUGCACAAACAUCUUUUGUCUGUUAAAAACAAUUAACCCCCCUUUUUUUUGCUUAAAUUUUUCA